CGGCGCGCCGGCCGUCGCCGGUCCAACAGCACCAGGGCGACGACGGGGCGCCGCCGUCACCUCACUACAGUAGCCGAGGGGACUGUCCCUUUGGCUCUCCUUUUCCGUGCGGCGUGAGGCGCGCCUAGCGCGGCCAGCCCCGGCCUCACCAUGAUGGCGGGGGAGUCGCGGCAGGACUUGCUGGGCAGCAAGAGCAACGUGGGCUCUUCCACGUCGCAGCAGUCCCUGCAGCCCAUGAGCAGCGAGUUCUCGCUCUCCUCGCUCGAGAAGCGCUUCCUUCUGCUGGCCGAGCGGGGCGACGUCGCCACUGUCAGGAAACUGCUCGAGGAGUACAAAGACAAACCGGAGCAGCUCAACAUCAACUGCGUGGACCCGCUGGACCGGUCCGCGCUCAUCGCCGCCAUCGAGAACGAGAACGCGGAGCUGAUGCGGCUGCUGCUCGAGUUCAACAUCAAAGUCAAGGACGCGCUGCUGCACGCCAUCAAGGAGGAGUACGUGGAGGCCGUGGAGAUGCUGCUCGAGUGGGAGGAGAAGAUCCACGUGCAGGGCCAGCCCUACAGCUGGGAGGCCGUGGACCGGUCCUCGUCCACCUUCACGCCGGACAUCACGCCGCUCAUCCUGGCCGCGCACAUGAACAACUACGAGAUCCUCAAGAUCCUGCUGGACCGAGGGGCCACCCUGCCCAUGCCCCACGACGUGAGGUGCGGCUGCGACGAGUGCAUCUCGUCCAGCUCGCUGGACUCGCUGCGCCACUCGCAGGCGCGCAUCAACGCCUACCGCGCCCUGUCCGCGCCGUCGCUGAUCGCCCUGUCCUCGCGCGACCCCCUGCUCACCUCCUUCGAGCUGUCCUGGGAGCUGCGCCGCCUCGCCAAGAUGGAGGCUGAGUUCCGCGCCGAGUACAACGAGAUGCGAGGUGUCUGCCAGACGUUCGUCACCUCGCUGAUGGACCAGGCGCGCACCUCCAACGAGCUGGAGAUCAUGCUCAACUACAACCCCACGGGGGAGAAUUGGGAGCCCGGCGAGCGGCAGACGCUGGAGCGCCUCAAGCUCGCCAUCAAGUACAAGCAGAAGCAGUUCGUGGCCCACCCCAACGUGCAGCAGCUGCUGGCGGCCAUCUGGUACGACGGGCUGCCCGGCUUCCGCCGGAAGUCCAUGGUGGGCCAGCUCAUCGAGGUGGGCAAGCUGGGCGCCAUGUUCCCCGUGCUGUCCACCAUCUACAUGUUCGCCCCCUACUCGGAGAAGGGCCAGUUCAUGAAGAAGCCCUUCGUCAAGUUCAUCUGCCACUCGGCGUCCUACGCGUUCUUCCUCAUGCUGCUGGCGCUGGCGUCGCAACGGCUCGAGUACCUCGUCAUGGAGUGGUUCGGCCCCGACUGGAUGCAGGAGAUCCUGGCCGACUGGAAGCGACGCGAGAGGGGCUCCCUGCCCGGAAUCGUCGAGUUCGGUGUCAUUUUUUACGUUUUUAGUUUAGUUUGGAACGAAAUGUGCUCCCUCUACCAGGAAGGCCUUUUGGAGUACAUCAGCGAUCUUUGGAACAUCGUAGAUUUUUGUACGAACUGCUUCUACGUGACAUGGAUCUUCCUCAGAGCAGUUUCUUGGUGGCUGGUCAAGGUGGACCUGUGGAAUGGCUUGAACCCUUACUACCCUCGAGAGGCCUGGGAUCCCUUCGACCCCAUGCUGCUGUCCGAGGGCGCAUUCGCAGCCGGGAUGAUUUUCAGUUUUCUCAAGCUGGUGCACAUAUUUAGUGUGAACCCUCACUUGGGGCCGCUGCAAAUCUCCCUCGGCCGAAUGAUCAUCGACAUCAUGAAGUUCUUCUGCAUCUACACGCUGGUCCUGUUCGCCUUUGGCUGCGGCUUGAACCAGCUGCUCUGGUACUACGCGGAGCUGGAGAUGAAGAAGUGCUACCACCUGCCGGACGGCUCGCCGGACUUCGACAACAACGAGAAGGCCUGCGCCAUCUGGCGUCGCUUCGCAAAUCUGUUCGAGACGUCACAAUCCCUGUUCUGGGCCAGCUUCGGCCUCGUGGACCUGAUGGCGUUCGAGCUGCAGGGCAUCAAGAGUUUCACGCGCUUCUGGGCCAUGCUCAUGUUCGGCUCGUACUCCGUCAUCAACAUCAUCGUGCUGCUCAACAUGCUCAUCGCCAUGAUGUCCAACUCGUACCAAAUCAUUUCGGAACGGUCCGACACGGAGUGGAAGUUCGCACGCUCGCACUUGUGGAUGUCGUACUUCGAGGAGGGCGGCACGCUGCCGCCGCCCUUCAACAUGGCCCCUACGCCCAAGUGGAUCAAGAAGACACUGGGCAUGGCGCCGCAGGCGAAGCGCUCCGGCUCCGUCAAGAGCAAGACCCGGGAGCGUUCCCAGGAGCGGCACGACGCCGUGAUGCGGCUGCUGGUGCGGCGCUACGUCACGGCGGAGCAGCGCAAGCGCGACGAGUUCGGCAUCACCGAGGAUGACGUCAUGGAGAUCCGCCAGGACAUCUCCACGCUCCGCUUCGAGCUCAUCGACAUCCUCCGCAACAACGGCAUGAAGACGCCCAACGUGGACUCCAACGAGUCGGGCAUCGCCGGCAAGAAGGGCCGCGUCAUGGAGCGCCGCCUGCUCAAGGACUUCCAGAUCGGCAUGGUGGAGGGCAUCGUGAAGGACGCCAUCUCGAGCGAGAAGGAGCCCAAGGACGUGUUCAGCAAGAUCGCGCGCGCCAUCGGCCGUCGCACGUCCAGCCAGUCCCAGAAGAAGGACUGGAACGCCGUGGUGCGGCGCAGCACCAUCGCCCGCGACCCCAUCGGCUCCACGACCGAGGCCCACGUGCGCCGGUCGCGCCAGUCCCUGCGCCGCUACAUCAUCGAGAACCAGGGCGAGGCGCUGUCCUCCAUGGACCCCGAGCGCCUCGUGGAGUACAACCCCAAGCUGUCGCUCGUCUCGCCCGCGGCGCGGGUCGCCUACGCCAAGUUCAAGAUGAGCAAGAUCAAGCAGGAGUACGACAGCAAGGAGGCGGCGGGCGAGGGCGACGCGUCGUCGCAGGCGGGCGACGCGGCCAAGUCCCCGCCCAAAGCCGCCAAGGGCACGACGUCCCAGCCGCCGUCGCAGCCACCGUCGCAGCCGCCAUCACAGCCGCCGUCGCAGCCGCCGUCACAGCCAGGCUCCAUAAUCCGGCCGCGCCCCAAGAGCUCGCUGCCGGCGCCGUCACAAAUCGGCAGCCUGAAGAAGGACGCCCCCAAGGCCGAGUCCGUGACCGUGGACAUCGAGCCCACGCCCCCGGACGCGGUGGAGGCCCCCACCACCAGCGUCACUGCUCCCCCCGCGGCAGCACCCGCGUCUCCACCCACCGCCCCCGCCACGGCCGCAGAGCCCGCCGCCAAGGACGCCGCCAAGGACACCGCCACGGACACCACCGCCGCCAAGGACACGCUAGGCAAGGCGAGCAGCGUGAAGCAGGACUUCCGGUCCAGGACGCCCAUCCCCGAGGAGGAGGAGGACUCAAAGACGCCCGGCGCCACGCGGCCGCCCACCCCAGCGGUCCCCAGCAGCGACGCCAAGCAGGACGAGAAGAAGGACGCAAAGAAGGAAGAGAAGAAGGACUCACCGGUGCGGACGGCGGGCCCCACCAAGCCCGGGGGCAAGUCCAAGAUCUCCGGACAGGUGCUGACGGGCUGGUUGUGACCGACCACCGCUGCAUCGACCACCGCGACAGACAGACUUGUGGUCGGCUGCACCACGUUAACUUUAACUCGAAUUUUAAGUGUUCACUUAACACACGAAUGUACUCAUCAAUAAAGAAACCUUCACCUGGGUCCCCGGCAAUAAAAACGUGCACUGUAAAUUUUCUCUAAAAUCAGUGUCACAGUGAUGUUUCUUUUUCAUUUUCUCACAUGGUUUGUUAUUCCGUAGAAAUACCAUUAAAAUGUUGUUGAUGGAG